AGAUGAUACUACACGAAUUCAAGAUAAACGCCAGUUUCUUAAUUCGUUUCUUACGAUUCUCACUCAUUUUUAAUUUAAAACAAAAUUAAUGUUGGAGCUAUAUAAAUUUUGAAAAAAAAUGAGGUUAGUGUUAGGAACUAUACUAUAUCUAUUGUGUGGUGGUGGUAGUGCUUUACCUGAAGGACUACUUUACUCAUACAACGUCCCCGAAGCUAUAAAGUUACCCAGAGGAGACGAUGUUUCAAGUCCAGAAAUCAAAUUGAGGGAACCCAUUGUGUUCUUUGGAAAUAGCUACGAUUCUAUAUUUGUAAAUUCAAACGGAUUUUUAUCAUUUCAAACGGCAAUACCGCAAUUUAUAAACAUCGAGUUCCCUUUAGAUUAUCCCAUCAUAGCCCCUUUUUAUUCUAACGUUGAUACAACCGCGGCAGGAACAAUAUUCUAUUACGAAACAGAAAAUCCAGGAUUAAUACAAAGAGCAACGGAAAAUGUGCACGAAUCCUUUUUGAAUUUCGCCGAUUUUCAAGCUACUAGCUUAUUGAUCGUUACUUGGGAAGGUGUGGGAUACUAUAAAAACGGCGCCGACAAAGUAAACACAUACCAAGUCGUGAUAUCUACAGACGGAGAACAAUCCUACGUGGAAUUUUUGUACCCCGAGAACGGUAUCCAGUGGAUUCAAGGCACUGGAGACGAAUCUGGAUUACCAGAUGCUAGAGCUCAAGCUGGCAUCAUCUCUCCGGAAGGAAAAGUGUUUGCGUUACCUGGAUCUGGUACCGAACAAGUUAAAAAUUUGAAAGAAUGGUCCAAUAUGGAACUGGACGGUCAAUUUAUCUACAGAAUCGAUCAAUUGGAUAUAGUGGAACCGGAUGUUCACUUUGGUAGCAAACCAGAAGAAGAUUCUCCAACUUCGUGUUCCGGCGCCAAAACUUUAUGUCACAUACAGGGCAAAUGUAUUGAUUACGAUGAAGGGUUUUGUUGUGAAUGCAACACGAAUUAUUACGGAAACGGAAAACAUUGUGUAAAAAAAGAUGUACCGCUACGAGUUAACGGUAAAAUUUAUGGUAAAAUCAACGGAGAAAAAUUGGAAGGAUUGGAUUUGCAAUCAUACGUAGUAAUGCCGGAUGGACGUGCUUAUACGGCAAUUUCAAGAAUACCGGAAUCCAUCGGAUACGAUAUACAAUCUUUACAAAUUUUAGGCGGGAUUAUUGGAUAUUUGUUUGCUAAACCAGUUCGAAAUGCGCCGAACGGAUACCAGAUUACCGGCGGCGUUUUCAACCACACAGCCAAAAUUACAUUCCAAAACACGAGUCAAGUAGUGAAUAUAAGGCAAAAAUAUUUAGGACUCGAUGUUUUCGAUCAAUUACGUCUAGAAUCGGAUAUACAGGGCGAAAUUCCUUUAUUACCAGACGAAUCUAGGGUUAAUAUAGAUGAAUAUCAAGAAGAGUACACUCGUACAGGUCCGGGUUUAAUACAGAUGGUAUCACGAAGAACUUUCAGAGUAUUAAAUAAAAACGGCAACGAAAUGGUUUACUUUUACACAGUCGACCAAUCGUUCGUGUUUGAUUAUUGUAAAUAUGGCAACAUUACACUUGGGGAAACUUGGAAACUUAAAGUUGGUAAAAACUUUAUUAAUUACGAAAGCAGAGAACAGAUCAUUAGAUUUGGUUUGAGCAAUAAAAUUAUCCCUUUAGGAGAUUUCGAUCCUUGCGAGGAAGGACGUAGUCAAUGCACUCAAAACAGCGCGUGCGUCGUAGUAGACAACGAUUCCUUCCGUUGUGUUUGCAACCCUGGUUACCAGAGUUUUUUCGACGGAAAUAGAACGACAUGUUUGGAUAUAAACGAAUGUCAAACUGGUCAACACGAAUGCGAUUAUAACGCGCAGUGUUUUAAUUUAGUUGGGAGUUAUUCUUGUGAAUGUAAUCCGGGAUACGAAGGCAACGGACAUAUUUGCGAUAACGCGAGGUCCUGUUUGAACGUCACUUGUAAAGAAAACGCCGAAUGUUUCGAAAAUAACGGUGUAGCUACGUGUAGGUGCAUGGCGGGAUUCAGAGGUGACGGUCAGUAUUGUGCCCCGAUUCCGGACCACAGUUGCCACAUAGCGAACAACUGUUCGCCGUUUGGUUACUGCGCUAUCGACGCCGAAACGAACAAAUAUUCUUGUUCGUGUUUACCUGGUUACGAGGGGGAUGGAUAUACGUGUACGGUACUAGUAACAACUACGCUUCCGGAACGUAAUUGUCGUACUGAAAAUAAUUGUUCCCCCUACGGUUAUUGUACCAUUAAUGAAACGACUCGUCAGUAUUAUUGCGUGUGCCAUCCUAGAUACGAGGGGGACGGAUAUACUUGUAGGGCAAUUGAAACGACUACGGCCUAUACAUCGGGUACUACCGAAUUUUUAACGUCUACGGAACAAGGUGUAAGCAACGAAAUUCUUCAAAUAUGUACCGAAGGUGGUUGUUACUGUCCUUCAGGAUACGUUGUAGAAACAGGGACGAUGUAUUGUCGACAGGAAGUGACAACGGUGCAAGUUGAUUAUCCUACUACAGAGGCAUUUCAAGGAUCUUGCGACAUACUAAAUAAUUGUCAUCCGAACGCAUCUUGUACCUAUUCGGAUCUAACACACGAAUACGAAUGUAUUUGUAACGAAAAAUUCGAAGGUACCGGAUAUAAUUGUGAACCGGAAAUAAUAUCUUGCGUGGAAGAAGACAACUGUCAUCCGCAAGCCACGUGUACGUACGUAGAAUCCUUGGGAAGAUCGCAGUGCAUAUGUAAUCCGGGAUUUAUCGGCGACGGAUAUUUCUGCUCUAUAAUCGGUUGUACCUCGACUAAGGAUUGUACUCCGAAUGAGGAAUGCGUUGUAAUGCCUUCGUUGAAAUAUGAAUGCAUUUGUAAGGAAGGUUAUGAACGCGAUUCCCAGCAACAGUGCGUUCAAAUGGCCGGAUCUUGCGGUGGGGGUAAAUGCGUUCAAAACGCCGAAUGCCUCUACGACGACGACUACCAAAUCAAUUAUUGCCAUUGCAAGCCCGGCUACGUCGGAGACGGCAUAACGGAAUGUAGGGAAAAAAUAAUCGGGUGCGACACUUUGAAUAAUUGCGGCGAACACGCUUCUUGUAGAUACGUCGACGAAGAACUAACCUACAAAUGUUUUUGUAAGGAAGGAUACUUCGGAGACGGAUUUUCUUGUUACGCCGAAAGGAAUUGUCAUAUCGAUCCGAGUAUGUGCCAUGCGCAAGCCUCCUGUUUAACCGACGCCAAACGAAACUUCAUUUGUCAAUGUCGACGAGGUUAUGUCGGUAACGGAACAAUCUGCAAAGAAAUAUCCAAACACGAAGGUAACUACCUUCUCCUAAAUCAAGGAAUGGCCACGUUAAAAAUUCCAUUGGAUCAGUCCAAAAACUCAUUUAGAAAACCCGUACAAGUGAAAGCCUACCAAACGGCAGUCGGUUUGGACGUCGAUUGCCUCGAAGGUAGAAUCUACUGGAGCGACAUAAACGGAAGAGUCAUCAGAAGUUCGGCGUUAAACGGUACCGACAAAAACGAUUUCAUCACAGAGGGUAUAGGUUCACCGGAAGGUAUAUCCAUAGAUUGGGUAGCCAGGAACGUUUACUGGACCGAUUCCACUUUGGAUAGAAUCGAAGUGGCCAACAUAGAAUCGAAAUUACGUCGUACGCUAUUCGAUUCGGAUUUGGUGAAUCCGAGAGGCAUAGCAGUUCAUCCGCAAAGAGGAAAAAUCUUCUGGACCGAUUGGAACAGAAAGGAUCCGAAAAUAGAAUGGGCGAACGCCGACGGAUCCAAUAGACAGAUAUUUAUGCGCGGAUCCGACGUUUCACUACCAAAUUCGUUGACGAUCGAUUUCGAAACGGAGCAUUUGUGUUACGCCGACGCCGGUACCAAAAAAAUCGAAUGCGUCCAUAUCGAUACAAAGACGAAGCACACCGUUGCCGUCAAUUGUACAUAUCCGUUCGGUAUUACUACUACCGAUAGAGAAAUUUAUUGGUCGGAUUGGAUCACGAAGAAGAUCGAGAGAGUGGAAAAAUACAGUUUGAAAAGGCUUCCAUCGUUGCCGGUGCCUCUAGGCGGAACAGGAAAUAGACUUUUCGAAUUGGUAGCAGUACCGCAAGCCUGCCCAUCUCUAACAAACGUUUGCGAGUACUUCAAAAAUCAGUGCCCCAAAGAUCACAUCUGUCUCCCGAACGGAAUUGGAGGGAAGAGUUGCUUGUGCGGAUUCGAUUCCCAAAAUCUCCUAGACAAACCCGAAUGUAACAUUUAGGCGAAAUUUUUUUUUAUUACCGUACAUUUGAAUUUUGUAUUAAUUUGUAUUAAUCAAAAACUGUCUAUUUAUAUUUGUCUAUGGAUAACGUUAAAACUUACCGAAACACACUGUAGAUAAAAUAAUUUUAAUGUUUGUUAUAUUUGAUACCAGAAUAAUCCAAAAACAACAAUUUCGAAAAAUAUUAUGUAGACUGAGAAAAAUAUUCGCUGGAAAUAAUUGUAAUUGAAAGAAAAAGUACAAAAUGUAAAAAAUGAAAAA